AUGGCCGAAUCACCCCUCAAUGUCCUUCUAAAGGGUAACACCGGCAGGAACACUCGCGGUCUACUGCGGAUUAUCAUUCUGGGAACUAUUGCCGCUGCCGCUGUGUCCAGUCGAUUGUUCAGUGUUAUUCGCUUUGAAAGUAUCAUUCACGAAUUCGAUCCUUGGUUCAAUUUCAGGGCAACUAAAUACUUGGUUCAACAUGGCUUUUACAGCUUCUGGGAUUGGUUUGACGACAGAACCUGGCAUCCUCUGGGACGUGUUACGGGUGGUACACUAUAUCCCGGUCUGAUGGUGACCAGCGGCGUGAUCUACCACAUUCUGCGAUUCCUGACCAUCCCGGUUGAUAUCCGUAACAUUUGUGUCUUGCUUGCUCCUGGAUUCUCGGGCUUGACUGCUUUGGCGAUGUAUUUCCUUACUUGUGAGAUGUCCACGUCGCCAUCCGCAGGUCUGCUUGCGGCUGCUUUCAUGGGCAUCGUCCCUGGCUAUAUCUCUCGUUCAGUUGCUGGCAGCUAUGACAACGAGGCUAUCGCCAUUUUCUUGCUUGUCUUCACCUUCUUCCUGUGGAUCAAGGCUGUCAAAAUUGGCUCUAUCAUGUGGGGUGCAUUGACUGCCCUGUUCUACGGCUACAUGGUGUCGGCUUGGGGAGGGUAUGUUUUCAUCACCAACUUGAUUCCUCUACACGUCUUCGUUCUCCUUUGCAUGGGUAGGUACAGCUCGCGUAUCUAUAUCAGUUACACCACCUGGUAUGCUUUGGGCACUUUGGCAAGCAUGCAGAUUCCUUUCGUUGGAUUCUUGCCCAUCCGGAACAGUGACCACAUGUCUGCUCUCGGUAUCUUCGGCUUGCUUCAACUGGUGGCAUUUGCCGACUUCGUGCGAGGUUUCAUUCCGGGAAAGCAUUUCCAGAGACUCCUGACUACCAUGAUCAUUGUCGUUUUUGGCGCUGCAUUUGUGGGACUUGUUGUCCUCACUGUCUCUGGAGUCAUUGCUCCCUGGAGUGGUCGCUUCUACUCGCUGUGGGAUACUGGUUACGCAAAGAUUCAUAUCCCUAUCAUCGCAUCGGUCUCGGAGCACCAGCCUACCGCCUGGCCAGCAUUCUUCUUCGAUCUCAACUUCUUGAUCUGGCUUUUCCCAGCCGGUGUCUACAUGUGCUUCCGUGAUCUCAAGGACGAGCACGUCUUCGUCAUCAUCUACUCCGUUCUUGCCAGUUACUUUGCUGGUGUCAUGGUUCGUCUGAUGCUGACGCUGACCCCUAUCGUCUGUGUCGCUGCUGCCCUGGCUCUUUCCACUAUUCUUGAUACCUAUGUUCUUGCCAGCUCAGGCCCCAACCCCAAGGCAAAGGUUGUCGAGGACACCUCAUCGGAGCCCCUCCGUUCUGCAAGAAAGCCGGACGUUGGAGUCACAUCCUACCUCUCGAAGCUGGUGGUGACAUCGUCCGCGAUCAUCUAUCUUCUCUUGUUCGUUGCGCACUGCACCUGGGUCACUUCGAACGCCUAUUCUUCCCCAUCCGUGGUUCUGGCCAGCCGGAUGCCGGAUGGAAGCCAGCACAUCAUCGACGACUACCGUGAGGCCUACUACUGGCUCCGCCAGAACACUCCGCACAAUGCCAAGGUCAUGUCCUGGUGGGAUUAUGGCUAUCAAAUCGGUGGUAUGGCUGACCGCCCCACUCUCGUUGACAACAACACCUGGAACAACACCCACAUUGCCACCGUUGGAAAGGCGAUGAGCUCCCGGGAGGAGGUCAGCUACCCCAUUCUUCGGCAGCACGAUGUCGACUACGUCCUAGUGGUUUUCGGUGGACUGCUGGGCUACUCCGGUGACGAUAUCAACAAGUUCCUGUGGAUGGUUCGUAUCGCCGAAGGUAUUUGGCCGGAUGAGGUCAAGGAGCGUGACUUCUUCACUGCUCGCGGUGAAUACCGUGUAGAUGAUCAAGCCACACCUACCAUGCGCAACAGCUUGAUGUACAAAAUGUCCUAUUACAACUACCACACCAUGUUCCAGGGCGGUCAGGCCGUGGACCGUGUCCGUGGUGCGAAGCUCCCGGCGGAGGGACCCCAGCUGUCCACCCUCGAGGAGGCCUUCACCAGUGAGAACUGGAUCAUCCGUAUUUACAAGGUCAAGGAUUUGGACAACCUGAACCGAGACCACAGCAACGCAGUCGCAUUUGACCGCGGCCACAAGCGCAAGCGUACGACCAAGAAGAAGGGCCCUCGUGUUCUGAGAACCGAGUAG